UUCGCCAGGCCGCCCGAGGCCGCGGAGCCGCGGCCCGCGGCGGGGCAGGGCAGGGCCGGCCCGACGCCCGCCGGGGCACGGCAGCCCAGCGGCCUCGGGCGCCUGCAGUGGCGUCGGGAGGGCGGCUGGCUCCGCGAGCGAGCGAGCGGCUCGGCCGGCGCGGACGGUGCGCUUGUCGAGGCCAGCAAGGCCUCCAUCGCCUGCGGCUCGCGCGAUGGCGCGCGCUUCGUGGUGGCCAGUCUGGGCGCCGAGAGCGAGGCCUACAUGCCGGACUGCGGCGAGGAGGUGCGAGGCGUCUUCGUGAAGGUGCCGGGCCAGACCCUGAGACCGCUGGCCCUGGAGGGCAGCGAUGUGUCGCCCGUCAGCAUCUGGGCGAGCAGCGUUGAACCCGGGACGCUGGUGCUGCUGGCGAUCGUCGGCCUGGAGGAGAACCUGCUGUCAGAGGUGCUCGCCGCGCUGCAGCCCCUCGGGGUGCCCUCGGGCCCGGCGCCCCUGGGCUGCCGCGCGCUGGCGGCCUCUGGCGUGGUCGCCGCCCUGGGGCAGCCUGGCCCCUGCUGGGAGUCCGCGCACGCCUCCACGGACGUGGCCUACGCGAGCGCGCUAAUCCCGGGCUGACGGCCGAGGCGCCACGCCGCGGCCGCGGGCCCGGCGCCUCCUGGGGCCGCCGCACGCUGGCCGGCCGCGGGCGUGUUGGCCGCCCCAGUCGGAGCUUGGAAGCUGACCGCGCCUCCCUCCGACGUGAGUUCGGCAAGCGCGAUGGUCCUGGGCUGACGCCUGGUGCCGCGGCGCCAGUGGGCUGCCGCGGCGCGCUGGCCGCCGACGGCGUGCUGGCCGUCCAGGGAGGGGGGAGGGACCGGCCGCUGCCGGGAGUCCGCGGGCGCUUCCGCGGACGUGGCUUCCGCGAGGGAGCGCGCUGGUCCCAGAGUGCCGGCCCGCGGCGCGACCGCGGCUCGAUCGGCGGACCGCGCGGCAGAUGGCGGGGGUGGUCUGGC